CGGGAGGAGGAAGAGGAGGAGGUUGGAGCGCGCUCGCGCUGGGCCCCGCGCCCGCGCGGAGGGAGGGGGAGAGGGGCGCGCGCGCGCACGCUCGCGUUCUCGCUCGCUCCAUCCAUCCAUCCUCCGGUCGCGGCACGCGCGCGCGCUCCGGGCUCGCGCCGCACCCCCCGCCCGGGAGAGGCGGGCUGGAGUGGGGGGCGGGGGGAGGGGCGCGCGGACGGCGCGCGGACUGCGCGCGGGCGGGGUGAGGUGAGGAGGAGGAGGCGGCGACGGGACGAGAAGGGAGGGGAAGGGGCCAUGGCUGCCCGGUGAGGCGGCGAGGCGGGGGGGUGGCCCGACCCCCCGGCCCCGGGCCCUGGGCCCCGGGGAGAGGCGAGGACGGACCGACGGACAUGGGGCUCCGGAGCAGCCGCCGCCGCCGCCGCCGCCGGAGGACGCGGCCCUGAGAGGCCGCCGGGCCCCGGCGCGGCCCCCCGGGCGGGCCGUGUUGCCGCCCGCUGUGCUAUGAGCAGUCAGAGCGCCGUCUCCACAAGAGUUUACAAAUGAAAAUGGAGGAAAUGUCUUUGUCUGGCCUGGAUAACAGCAAACUAGAGGCCAUCGCUCAGGAGAUAUACGCGGACCUGGUCGAGGAUUCUUGUUUGGGAUUCUGCUUUGAGGUACACCGGGCUGUCAAGUGUGGCUACUUCUUCCUGGACGACACGGAUCCUGAUAGCAUGAAGGAUUUUGAGAUCGUGGACCAGCCGGGGUUGGACAUCUUUGGACAGGUUUUCAACCAGUGGAAGAGCAAGGAGUGUGUUUGCCCCAAUUGCAGCCGCAGCAUUGCCGCCUCCCGCUUUGCUCCCCAUCUGGAGAAGUGCCUGGGAAUGGGUCGGAACAGCAGCCGAAUUGCCAACCGCCGGAUUGCCAAUAGCAACAACAUGAACAAAUCUGAGAGUGACCAAGAGGAUAACGAUGACAUCAAUGACAACGACUGGUCCUACGGCUCAGAGAAGAAAGCCAAGAAGAGAAAAUCAGACAAGAACCCCAAUUCCCCUCGAAGAUCCAAGUCUUUAAAACACAAAAAUGGGGAACUUAGCAAUUCGGAUCCUUUUAAGUAUAACAACUCAACUGGGAUCAGCUACGAGACCCUGGGGCCAGAGGAACUGCGUAGCCUGCUCACCACGCAAUGUGGGGUGAUUUCUGAACACACCAAGAAGAUGUGCACAAGGUCUCUGCGCUGUCCCCAGCACACGGAUGAGCAGCGGCGAGCUGUGCGGAUAUAUUUCCUUGGACCCUCAGCCGUCCUUCCAGAGGUCGAGAGUUCCCUGGAUAAUGACAGCUUUGACAUGACUGAUAGCCAGGCCCUGAUCAGCCGGCUUCAGUGGGACGGCUCGUCUGAUCUCUCACCCUCUGAUUCAGGCUCCUCCAAGACGAGUGAGAAUCAGGGAUGGGGUCUAGGUACCAACAGCUCUGAGUCACGGAAAACCAAGAAAAAGAAAUCCCAUCUGAGCCUGGUAGGGACUGCCUCCGGCCUGGGCUCCAACAAGAAGAAAAAGCCAAAGCCACCGGCACCCCCGACGCCCAGCAUCUACGAUGACAUCAACUGACUUGGGUGCAAGGGAUAGCCUUUGGCUGAGCAGAGCCCUCUCUCCCGACCCCCACCCAGGUGGCAUAGCCUGGCAAAUGGACGGCUGCUGGGGGUUUGGGCUUGGGAAGCUUGGUGUGCUAAUCGGGCAGAGGAUCCAAUUAUGCACCCCUGGGGGGUGUCAGGGUCCUCUGCAAUGGAGCACGGCCCCUCGGCAUGCAGGACUCAGACCUGGACAUAUUAUGCCUUGGACAUAAGUUUGGUGGGGAGGCGGUUUUCCUAUUUAUUCUGUGAGUUACUGGAUGUCCAGCUAGGCCAGGGGCCUAACCUGGGCACUGUGCCAGGGCAAUGCCUGCCCCCCACCCCAGGAACUGGACAAAGCCCUGCCGAGGAGCAUUGUGGCUACCCGGGAGGCUGUGGGUAGGAAGCUGAGCCUGGAGGGGGCCUCCCCCAGCUGCCCUCAGCAAUGUGAAUGGGUCCGGUGCUUGGAGCUGAGGGGCAGGGCUGGGUGUGUCCUGUCUACGUGCAGAAUCCUAUCCAAGACCCCCAUCCCAGGGGGAGAUAGGCACAGAGAGCUGUCUGCUGAGGUAGGCGCCCAGAACCGCCGCCACCGCCUUCCCUGCCUCUCACAGGGGCAGCCCUUCCCCUCAGUCCCCAUGGGCCUCCUUGGCAGCAGGAGCUGUCCUUUUGUUGUUGGGUGCCAGGAAAGGGCCUCCGGCCUCUACAGCUUCAAGGAACAGGCAAGGGGAGGGUAGGAAGAGGGAGCUGUGUAUCAAAAUGACUCCCCCCCUACCUUUCCUCCCUGACCCAGGGCUGGUGAGGAGUGGGGCCCCAAGGUGAGAGGGAACGGUGCUGCUUUAUUUGAAAUGUUUUCUUACCUCAUUCCCUGCCCCAGGAAGGGGCCCAGCCUCACCCUCCUGGGGUGGCCCCAUGUUCCUCCUGCCUACCCUGCCCCGCUGCCCUAGCAGGGCAGCCCGAGUUCCCAACUGCUGCUUGCCACCCCCUUUCACCUCAACCAGCUUCAGUUCCUCCUCUCUCGAUGCUCCUGCCUCCAAAGCCUGCCCUGUUUCCCCUUCCUUAGCCGCUUUUAAGUUAUUUAUUCUGUACUUGUGGUUUGGGGCUGAGGAAAAUCCUGAUCUUUUACCUCUCCCCCCUUGCGAGGAGUGGGUGGGAAGAGAGGGUGGUCUCUGUGCUCCAGGUUGUCAGUGGAGGGGUAAGGGGUGCCAUGCCUAGGCAGUGCCCCUCUGUGGGACUGUCUUGCCAGUGUGCCCACCUGCCUGGUCUACAUCCUGAAGAGAUGUAUCGUCCCAUCUCCAUGCGUCCCACCUCCAUGCAGGCACCAUCACUCCCAGGAGCCAAGCUGGAGGACUGCAGUCUGGGCUGGGAACAGAGCUGACCGUCACAGGGAUGAAGUUGUCCCUGAGCCAUGUUCUCUGGCACUUGCUGGACGUGUCCCCUGCCUUCCUCCCAGGAGGAGCCAUCCCACAUUUGGGUAGCUAGUACCCAGGACUGGUUGGACUGAUUUGGGUUAGGGACCCGAGGGUUAAGGGAACAACAGAGAUAGGGCUGUAGUACCCUGUCUGGAACCCCAGUCUCCCCCUGGGGUGGUUCUGAUUGUGGCUGGCGCCUGGUUACAAAUUGGUUUUUAACCCAAGAAUUGUGAUUAUUUUUUAAAAAGCCAAACAAGUUUUGGCAGGAGUUAGAAUAAAUCCUGGGGCCUGGGCUCCUCUGUUCUCGACCCUCCACAGCCUUCUCCCUCAAAGGGGAAGCCAGAGGGAAAGGAGGAUCUCAGCCCGCCUCCAGCCUGCUCCCAAAUGCAGUCUUGGGAAUAGGUUGAAGGUGAAGGGAGGAAGGCCGUGGGCCACUCUUCCUUCUGAGAGGCAGCUGCAGCUCAGGCCCUAAUAUACCCUUUCCCCUCUGGCCUCUCCCUUUCCCCCCUCUGGUUGGAGGAGGGAGAAGUGGGAAGUAGUUUGGGAACUGGUUUGUCCACAUCCACUUCCCCAUUGUUCCUUGGCCCGCCCUCAGGGCAGAGCCCCCUGCCCAGGCUGGGUAAGAGAUGGGCUUGGUCCAGCAGGGACCCUGAGGGAGCAACCCCCUUUCCUCCUGGGGAGAGUACGCCCCCCUACCAUGUAGUUGAACAGGGGCUAGGAGCUCCCCACUCCCUUCCCUCUAACAGCAGGCUGUGUGGGUUUCAAUUCCCAUCCUUCCCACCCCGGCUAGGUGUCGUCCACCCUGUAUCCUAUCAUGUGUCUGAGUGUGUGGGGGGGGUUCUGUACUAAUUUCCAUGGCCGGUGGCUUUUCCUUCCAUGCAUCACUCCCCCCCGCAUGCCCAGGGGCCACCCGCCUGGCAUAACCGCAUGCUGGGGUCAUUGGGGGAGGGGGGUGGGGCUCACGCUGUCCUGUGGUCUUGAGAUUUUUAUUUUUGCAUAUGUAAUCCAUCCUGUACAGGUAGCUAACUUUGUAAACGCUGUGUAUUCCCCCUGCCCCCAUGGCUGCUGGUGUAAAUAAACUGCAUCUCCCGUUGGUAGCCCAGCUGCCCACCCUCAUUCCCAUGUUGCUGAGGGGCAAAGCCAUUCUCUUACUGUCACAGAAGGAGGCUCCACAGCCACAAAAUGGAACUUUAUUCAGUCACAGACACUGACCCUCCAUCCAAGAGCCCCAUAGGCAAGGGCCUGGGGCCCAGUGCUCCAUACCCAGAGCUCGUCCUUGGAGCUGGGCAGGGUAUGACACUGGCUGAGAGCCAGAGCUGCCUCUUGCUUACAGCCUUAGGCCUAGGGUAGCAGCAGCUGUGGCCUGGCCUCUCCCAAUGCUGGGGGCUUGGCUUUGUGCCCCAGUCCCCUUUCUGACUGAGCUCUAUAAAGAACUACUUAAAAAAAAAAAAAAAGAA